AUGUCCACAGGCCCGUCUAAUCCUACGGGGAAGGGCAAACGAUUGAUUGUCCUGCAUAUUGGCAGUACAGCCGGCUUCGUACCUGACGGACUUUUAUGUUUUGAAUCUAAGAAGAACACUGCGGAUUACCACGAUGCAAUGAAUGGCGACACAUUUCUUGAGUGGUUUGAGAAAAUUUUACCGUCGCUUGAAGAUAACGCCGUUAUCGUUAUGGACAAGGCUCCAUAUUAUUCUAUGAAGUUGGAAAAAAUACCGAACACUUCAUGGAAAAAAGCGGCAAUAACAGAAUGGUUAGAGAGCAAAGGCAAGACCGCUGAUACAACAAUGUUAAAGGUUGAGCUCCUGCAAAUUGUUGAUCUUAUAAAGGACAAUUAUAAUAAAUAUGUGAUCGAUGAGACGGCGAAAACACAUAACAAAACUGUGCUCAGACUGCCUCCUUAUUAUUGUGAGCUUAACCCUAUCGAAAUGGUAUGGUCAAUGGUGAAAGGGUAUGUAAAGAGCUACAACAAUACAUUCAAGAUCAACAACGUGAAAACACUACUCGAACAAGGAGUUGAGCGCGUGACAGCCGAACAUUGGAAUAAUUUUGUUAGGCACAUUAUAGAAGAAGAGAAAAAAUUCUGGGAAAUCGAUGAAAUAGCGGAUAGAAUGAUAGACAAUAUUCCACCAUUAAUAAUUAAUGUUGGCGGUGAAAGUGAUUUCGACACUGAUGACAGUGAUUGA